CCCGGCUACGUGUUCGUGGAACAGGAUGUGGACGAGGGCAUCCUUAUAGACAAAACCGAACCUACAAAGGAGUCUACCCUAGCGCAGGAGAAGCUGGAACAACUCCGUGACGACAUUGCCAAAGCAUCGCGACCGAUUCCAUUGACGCUAGAACAACUCCGUCAACGCAUUCCCGAAGAAUCGGAGACGCUGAGAAAACUUAUCCUGAGGAAAAAAGUCCCCGACACGACCCCAGAGCUUAUUUCGUGCGGAUUUGCAUCUACAGGAGUUACCAAUGUGUAAAUCUCCAUUUCGCGUCUACUUCACGAGCAGAGGCGUGUCUACAGUUGUGGUCUUUCCGCAGUGGAAAUCAGUUUCGAUGCUGUAAAAGAAAUUACAACUUAUUUAUUAGGAGAUGGCUUUCUGAUCCGCGGCUGCGGCUCUCCUUUAGGUCCUCGAUAAAGAAUUUGCACGACAACACUUUUCGAGAACGUUGCUCGACUCCGUCCAAACAACUUCUGGAUUUGUGUUGCAGAGUUUCCGCUUGGACUAUGGGCACUAGUUGGGGACGUUUUCCCGCAGGAUAGCUCUACGUGAGAAGUUAUGAAAAGGACACCAUGCGGAUGUGGUCUGUUGGUGACGAGCAGCUAUUAUUUGUUUUUGUGCUCAAGAACAGUAGAUAUUAUCGUCGAACCUAGAGGAGGUGGAGCGCCAGGUGCUGACUUGUCAUGUCAGACUCAGAAGGGUUCUCUUCUUUUUGAUAAAUAUGUAUGACUCUCUUGCCGACUCCGACAAGAAUUGUUUUAUAUAUUUUCCGCGUUAACUGCAAUUGUGUCUGGAUCUGGAAGGAUCCAAGCUUAUGCUUCUAAGUUUGAAUCGUACAAAAAGAAAAACCUGGAAUGCAUGAAGUUGAAGCGCAGAAGUUGAUACCCGCUUCGUUUUAAUUUGUUGCGCGCAUUUGAAUUUAUUGCGCGUGGACACUGCACAAGCUUAAUCGAAACUGCUGAGAGGCCCAGGCCGAUGCGCGCCGCAGUAUUGAGUACUGGCGACGUCAGAAGUACUUUAAAUGCUCUCAGAAAACUUUAAGGAGCAGUAGCCCGAACUUCUGGGGCUGCAAAAUUAUACCUUUGCAGCUGCAAAGGUAUAAUAUAACUUUGCAGGGGCCACAAGAGUUACUGCGCAGGAUCACGCUUAGAAGCCGCACAAAUCGCCACAUCCUACUUGAGUGCUUCGCCUCCAUAAAACUAUGCUCACGCACUGGAGAGGGUUUUAGAGACUGAACGGAAACCGAUUGGACAGGAAGAAUCG